AUGUGUUGUUUUGGGGGUAAUGAGACUCGAGUUAGUACAUUUGGACCUUGUUUAGAGAAUAGUCAUCAAGGCAUUGCAAUUGCUGCUCCAUUUCAACCCACUAGCUCGUCAUCAUUGGCAUCGACAAGUAAUAGGCCAAACAGAAUGCUUGUGAUUGAAAUUCCAAGACAGUUUAACGAAGGUGAAGAUGAAAAAUCGCAUGUCCCUUUGUAUUUGAGGUCGUUGAAAAUGCUUCUGAGUGGUGAUAUAAAGUUCAACCCUUGGAGUCCUAGAAAUGCGGAUAUGGUACAAGGAAGUAGCAGUCUGAGUUGA